CUCGAACAAAAUCGAUUAACCGUCGAACUCCUCCCACCAACAUGCAAUCUAAACGCAUGCCUCGGUCUCACUGGCACUUUUUCUUGCAUCGCGUCUGCACUCCAGGCUAGAGAUCCCGCAGCGUUGUCGAAAUGUUUGACCGCUGGACUACAGGGCAUCUGCGCUUGCGCGGCGUGCAUCCCCGCUGUGAAUAGCGUGUUGAAUGCUCUCGGUAUAUGUUUGUCGGGGCCCGGUGGGGGUGGGAAUGCCACUAUGAGUCCUUCGGUGCCUUGGAAUACGUUUGUGACUUCUACUCCUGUUUCGCGGAAGCCUGGUGUUAGUAGUAGUGUGGUUGUGACUCCGACUUAUAUGGUUUGA